AAACUCCAGCCACUCAUGAGAACCAAACCCACCAGAUGAGCUUCUAAAGGAAAGGUCGACGACAGUGACUGUACUGUUACGACUGGCGUCGGUCUCUGGGCUGCUGCGAUGGAUUUCUCAAGGCCUGAAAGUUGGCAAGCCGACGAUAAGGACUCUGGAAUAUCGAGUUCUCUCUCUAGGAUGUCCGUCACUCCAUCCAGCUCGCGUACCUCUGGCCUGGCCCUGGUCCAGUUCCAGCUGGGCCUCUUCAGGGAGGUUGUACGGGUCCCAGAUGGGCAACUCAACUACCAGCACGCUAAGAGUCUGGCUGCAGAGAUUAUAGAACGCAAGGCUCCAGACUGCACUGUGGUGGGAGCGGGGGAGAAAGUCCUCCUUUUCAGACACCAGCCAGGCUCGGACCACCUCCUCCGAAGACUCACGGACCAGGAUGCACUGCAGGACGGCGACCUCAUAGAGGUCAUCCUCUCAGGAUUUGCGACCGUGACAGAGAUAAAGAUCCGCCCACACUCCCUGGCAGUCCAAUCGUAUCGCACCCCCACUUUCUGUCACCACUGUGGGGAAAUGCUGUGGGGGCUGGUGCGCCAAGGGUUAAAAUGUGAAGAUUGUGGGUUGGACUUCCACAAGCGCUGUGCGCUCCAGUUGCCCAACAACUGCAGCCGCGCCCGUCGCAGAAUGUGUGGCCCCAGCCAGUCCCUGUUCCCCUCGGGCAGGCCCCGGACGCACUCCCUCACCACGACUGCAGGGGGCAGUCUGGAGGAGAUCAGUAUGUCCAAGCCCAGGUCCAGACCCCCGUCGUGGGCAGAUCGUCCGGUGUGGCUGGGGGUGGGCCCGGUGCAGGGGGGCGCGAGCGGCCGGCCCCUGGUGCCCCACACCUUCCACGUCCACAGCUACACCAAGCCCACCGUCUGCCAGCACUGUCGACACCUCCUCAAGGGCCUCUUCCGCCAGGGCCUGCAGUGCUCCGACUGUAAGCUGAACUGUCACCGGCGCUGUGAGGCCCUGGUCCCGGCAGACUGCCCAGGAGAGAGGAAGACCACCAAUGGAGAAGCAGGCUCAGUGUCCAGUCUGGGCUAUAAGGACGACACGGAGGAGGACGACUACGGCACCAGCUGCAGUAUGACAUCGCUAGAUGAUGAACUGUUUACUGAGGACCCAUUCACCGAGACCAAUGAGGUCAUACACCAGCCACCUAUCACUCCAUGUUUCAGCACUUACAUUCCUCUGAUGAGGGUGGUUCAGUCAGUACGUCACACUAAGAGACAAGGCAGCGGUGUCCUCAGAGAGGGCUGGCUUCUGCAUCACACUGACACGGACGCACUGAGGAAACGUCACUACUGGAUAUUGGACUGGAAGAGCAUUACUCUGUACCAGAACGAGUGCAGCACCAAGUACUACAAGGAAAUUCCCCUGUCGGAGGUGUUGCAGGUGCGAGGCCCUGGCCAGCUUUCCGUCCCCCUGUCGCCAGGUAACAGUGGCCCCUCCUUCGAGGUGGUGACGGCCACGCGGGUACACUGUGUUUUGGCAGAGAGGGACGGCCUGGCCUGGGAAGCCGCCAUUCGUCAGGCUCUGAGGCCCGUCCAUGGCACUGGACCGACGGGCCAAUCUGGACAGGGCCACGAAACCCAAAUUGAAGAGAGGCCGGAUGUCAGCUCUGUGUAUCAGAUAUCCACUGAUGAGGUGCUGGGUUCGGGACAGUUUGGAGUGGUGUAUGGAGGAACCCACAGGCAGUCUGGUCGACCAGUCGCCAUUAAAGUCAUCGACAAAACCCGUUUCCCGACCAAACAGGAGAGACAGUUGAGGAAUGAGCAGGCCAUUUUACAGAAUCUGUCCCAUCUGGGCGUAGUUCUACUCGAGGGCAUGUUCGAGACUGUGGAGCACGUCUUUGUUGUCAUGGAAAAGCUCCAUGGAGACAUGCUGGAGAUGAUUCUGUCCAAUGAGAAGGGCCGAUUGCCAGAGCGCACUACGCGCUUCCUUGUUACACAGAUUCUGGAGGCUCUGCGCUACCUGCACUUCAAACACAUCGCUCACUGUGACCUGAAACCUGAGAACGUGCUGCUGGCCUCCCCGGACCCCUUCCCCCAGGUAAAGCUCUGUGACUUUGGCUUCGCCCGCAUCAUCGGCGAGAAAUCCUUCCGCCGUUCUGUGGUGGGCACGCCAGCCUACCUGGCGCCGGAGGUCAUCAGUAGUCACGGUUACAACCGAUCACUGGACAUGUGGGCGGUGGGCGUGAUCCUGUACGUCAGCCUGAGCGGAACGUUCCCCUUCAACGAGGACGAGGACAUCGGUCAGCAGAUAACCAACGCUGCCUUCAUGUACCCCCGUAUUCCCUGGAGUGCUAUCUCACUAGAAGCGGUGAGUCUGAUCAACAACCUGCUCCAGGUUGCAGUGAGACGUAGGUUCAGUGUGGGAAAGGCCCUGGGACAUCCCUGGCUACAGGAUUUCCAGUUGUGGUGUGACUUGAGAGAGUUUGAGAAGAAGAUGGGCUGCCGGUAUCUGACCCACGAGGGAGACGAUGAGCGCUGGAGACACCACGCCCAGGAGAGGGGCCUGGUCUUCCCCUCUCACCUCACAUGGACCCCUGGGCAGGACGACAGCCUGUGACCCUUGGCUGGACGUUCAAAGCUUUGACAAGUGGGCUGUUGGACUUCUGGUGUGCCAGAUUCGUCGUCAUAUAUGAAAACAAAAUAAAAAGUAACCUCUGAUAAACUGCACACAGCAAAAUAUGCUCUUUAAGGACAAAAAUCACACUCUAUUCCAAAAAGAAUGUCUCUGUUCAAAAUGCUUAAAAAUGCCCCCAGAAAUGUAAGAAUUCUCUCAAUACAAAGCCAAAAAAGUAGGAAAGAAUUACAUUAAGACUGUGAAAUAUAUGUUGAAAUAGGUAACAUCUUACUUUCCCAAAUUAUUAUUUAUUGCCUGCUGUUUUUUUCUGCUAUUACCUUACAGAAGAAUGUGUGGAACACAGUGCAUGCCCCCUACUAUUUAUUGUUCAUGCAGAUAUUUUGUAUUAUUCAUUUUUAUUUAGCCACAUAUUGAGACCUGGGUCUCAUUCACAAGUGUGCCCUGGGAACACAACCCAACAAAUGGCACAUAAACGUAUACAGGUGCUGGUCAUGAAAUUAGAAUAUCAUCAAAAAGUUGA